UACUUCCUGUUAAGAACCUGCUCUAUCACAAGUUGGGAAACAUAAAAGAUACCAGUUGAAAACAGUUCCUGUUUAUGGUGCAAUUCUUGAACAUUUUUUUGAAAUGUGAUACUGCCUUUACUCAGAGUGAGCUGAAUCUCAGUCCAGAGGAGUCACUCCCCCCUCCGGUACCAACGCCAAGGGUUUCUGUUUCCUGGAUAAUGCUAUCUCUUUCUCUUUCUCUCUUUAUCUGCGUGGAGUCCCAACCUCCCCACACAGUUGCAGUUAACAACGGUGAAAGAGCGAUUACAUCUACGAGUGAAUAAAGAUCUUCAUAAAGACUGACCAUGCCCAAAAUAGAGACGCUGAAUGAAUUGGCCCAUCUGAAGAAGUCCAGAUUUGGUCGGCCCGAACCAAGACAUGGUCUCAAACUGCUGUACUGGUUCGCCAACAAUUGCCUCUCUUUUAACCACUACGGUAUGUUUUCAGAGUGCGAUCCAACGAGUAGAGACUUUGGUUUCCACCCUUUUAAUAACAGAUAUGACAGGAAUGGUGUUCAACUGCUUGAUGUGGACAGCUCCUACUACGUGGUGGGCAAUCUGAACUCUGCAGGAGCGGAUGAGCUGCCUGAUUACGUCCGUGAAGACUACACUGGUCUCAUGGAUGACAGUAACAUGGACCGCAUCAUCGUUAGCCUUGAUGAUGACAUGUUUGACAGAGUUUAUGUGACUGAGCAUGACAUGACAAGACACUACAACCCCAGUGCUACCUACCGCAUCAGCAAGGGCCUCCUAAAGAUUAUCAGCAACCUGGAGUUGGAGGACUUUCUCAGAAAAACUGGGUAUCAGGGACAACCUGUCAACACAGUUCUUCCCUCUGUGACUCCAAAAGUCAAUCCUCUAAAAAACGAAGAUCAAAGUUUGAAAGACUCAUCUGACUCAGAGAGUGAUGUCAAUGAUGAGACCGCUUUUACAUACUCAUAUACGAGCCAGAGAAACUCAUUUUCUGACUGUACGAUACUUUAGACUCAGUCUAGCCUAUGCAUAUUACUUUUUUAAAAGUGUUUUUAAUUUAGUUUAUUAUCUUGGGUUUGCCUUUGGUCUGAAUAUCAUAUUCUCUAUCUAUUCUCUAUUUAUUUAUUCUUCAGUUCAGCUACUAAUCCUUUCUGAAGCAACUCUAUUUCUAGGUUUUUAUGAAGAAUUGUAAGGCGUGUUCACUGUGGCUGCAUGAUACUGGGUAAAAUGUGAGUAUCUCAGUGAUAUUGAGAGAUACGGCGAUUGUAAUGUAUUCAAAACUGAUGAAGCAACAAUGUGAUGAGGUUAAAGACUGAAAAAAAUUGUUGGAUUACAUCAGGGCUGCCCAAAGUGGGCUGACAAUGACUUUUGAUUUAGCCCACCAGAAAGAUGCCUCACCCCUUACUCCCUCAGCCAAUGAGAGAACACAUUUUAAUACAGGUUUUAUAUAUUUUUGAUCAGAGCAUCUUGAAUUAAGAAUGGAACAAAACUCUGGAUGAAGGAAGCUCCAGUGGUGCUGCAUGAGAGGCACCCUGUCUGAGAUGAAGGGCUACAGUAUAACAAGAUCAGAGAAACAUUCCUAAACAUCCUGCAAAAACUGUAGAGGUGAACCAGAUCGCAGCUGGAGAUGUAGUUAUAUGACGUAGAUGCUGUAAACAUAUAAUAAUUCUAAUAUCUCAUCUUCCUGCUUCUGCUGUACAUAGAUGUUUGUGCUGUUUUUAAAGGUUUUAAUGUGCUUUUCAUUUGCCACUAAAGAAUACAGCUUUAAAUUUCCACAUGUGUUGUGUAGCAUUUGCAGUGAUGGGAAAAGUGUCCAGACACUUUUGUUUUGUUAUUUAAUAUUCUUCCAGUGCAUAAAUCCACUUCUAAUUCACACACAAUGUCUUUUAACCUUGUAUUUUUGGUACAGCAAAUAUUUAUAAGCGUAAACAAAUACAUGCUCCAAAUGAAACCGAAAUUCAGACGCCACAAAAAAAUCCUCCAUAGAUUUUCAAUGGGAUUUAUAUCAGGAGACUGGCCAGGCCUUGCAAGCAUC